ACUGUUCGGUGAGCAGCGAUCACACUAAAAAAUCUCCUGAAAACGGCACUACAAAAAGCGGAAACGCCAUACGCCACCGCAUCGUAUGCAAUCAAAACCCAUCUUUUUUGCUUUCUCUGCUCACAAGAAACAGACACUACUCUCUCUCUGUCUCUCUAUUCGCAUUGCCAUAAACACUGCUACUGCAAUGAAAGCCAAGGUACACAACGGAAACGGCAAUACUGGCUGUGCUAGCGAGGGAAGCGGCGACAGCAACUCUCCCAGCCCGCCGCCUUCUCCCCGCCGUCACCUCCAGACCGGAAUAUCCCAAUGCCGCCGCCGGCUUCGCUCUAAAGUUCAGUCUCAUUUUCGCCGGGAGAACCUUACUGCUGGGAUCUUUCUCCGGUGGAACAUCCGGUACUUGCUGCUCUUGCCUUUGCUGUAUAUUUCUGGUUUGAUCAUGUGUGUGGGGCCCUUCUCUGGCUUGCUUCAACCUAAUCUUCCUGGUUCGGUGUAUCGGAGCCAUGAGUUGUUUGCAAAGCUCUGGCCUGAUAUUGCAGCGGAUAAUUCUACUGCAAUCGAGUUGUCAUCUCUAUGGAAAUUCAAAAGGAGGUUGAAGGUGCAGAGACCUUGUCCAAAUUCAACUGCUAGGCAACAUUUUGCUGCAAAUGAAGAGUCAUCUGGUCCUAAUGGUUACUUGAUUAUUGAGGCAAAUGGUGGUCUCAACCAGCAGCGUUCUGCGAUCUGCAAUGCAGUUGCAUUAGCUGGACUUUUGAAUGCAAUACUAGUCAUCCCUCACUUUGAAUUCAACAGUGUCUGGAGGGAUCCAAGUGAGUUUAAGGACAUAUAUGAUGAGGAUCAUUUUAUAGCCACCCUUGAGGGUCAUGUGAAAGUGGUUAAACAGCUACCUGAUGAAGUGAUGGAAAGAUAUGACUACAACAUUAGUAGUAUUCCAAACAUCCGUGUCCAAGCUUGGGCUCCUGCUAAUUAUUACCUGGGAGAAGUUUAUCCUGUCCUUCAGGAGAAAGGGGUUAUCCGCAUUGCUCCCUUUGCCAAUAGAUUGGCAAUGAGCAUCCCACCUCAUAUCCAAUUGCUGAGAUGUAUGGCAAAUUAUAAAGCCCUCAGGUUCUCUUCCCCAAUAUCAACACUCGCACACAAACUAGUAGACCGAAUGAUUGAGAAGAGCUCAAGGACUGGUGGAAAAUAUGUCUCUAUCCACCUCCGCUUUGAGGAGGACAUGGUGGCCUUCUCAUGUUGUGUGUAUGAUGGAGGAGAUGCUGAAAAGCACAAAAUGGAUUCAAUUAGAGAAAUAGGGUGGAAGAGAAAGUUCAAAAGAAAGGACCGUGCCAUUAUACCUGGUCUCAAUCGUAUUGAAGGAAAAUGCCCUCUAACCCCCUUGGAGGUUGGGAUGGUGUUACGUGGUAUGGGAUUUGAUAACAACACAUCAAUUUAUUUAGCCUCAGGGAAAAUUUACAAGGCAGAGAGACAUUUAGCUCCUUUGUUGCAGAUGUUUCCCCUUCUUUACACCAAGGAGUCUCUUGCAACCCCAGAUGAGCUUGCUCCUUUUGAGGGCUAUUCUUCGAGGUUGGCAGCUUUGGAUUACACUGUAUGCUUGUUUAGUGAGGUUUUCAUGACAACUCAGGGUGGAAACUUCCCACAUUUCCUGAUGGGUCAACGGAGAUUCCUUUUUGAUGGGCAUGCAAAGACCAUUAGGCCUGAUAAGCGCAAGCUUGUUGUUCUCCUGCAGGAUAUGGAAAUAAGUUGGAAGGCUUUCAAGGAUCAGAUGGAAAUGAUGCUCAAAGAAAGUGAUCGCCAGGGAGUGAUGGUACCCAGAGUUAGAAAAAUUAACAGAAAAACUUCCAUUUAUACUUACCCUUUGCCAGAGUGUGGGUGUCUCCUAUCUUACAACUCAUCACUUAAACUAACUCACACUACAAGCAUGCGCAAAUCCACUAGAUAACCAACAGAUUCCUUGCUCCAUUAGUUUUUCUCCUGUACAGACAUCAAUCAUGCAGUUAUAGCAUUGUGUAGCUUUUGGAUUAUUCUCUUCAUUUGUUGUUCUUCCUGUGGCCCAUUGAUCAAAUGUUGCAUAGAAAAGCAGAUGGCUGCUGCAGUUACCGUUGAGAAAUUCAGGAAUUCCAGUUUUGAUAAUUUAAGGAAUUCUUCGUCAGAUGUUUUCAGAGUGUUAAUUGGCUGCAAAUGGGCAAUUGUUUGGUGUGUGCUGCAAUGCAUUUUCAGCAUUCAGGAGUUGAGUUGGAGUUUGACUUGCUACCUCUGAUUACGUUCUCUCUCUCUCUCUCUCUCUCUCUCUCUCUCUCUGUCCACCACCCCACCCCCCAACACGCGACCCCCUUUUCUAAUGCUUAAUGUAAUUAUACGCUGACAUGAAGCAUCAUCAAAUUUUUUUUUUUCUUAUAAUUAUGAAAAAGGCCACAUUCCCCUUGUUCUAAAGCAUUUA